GAUUAUUUAUAGAAAUGACUUGAAUACGGACAGUAUUUAAGAAUGGACGUCUGACUUUAGUUACUCAUCGUCCCUGUUUAACGGUUAAGAUGUAUGACGAGGUUAAGAAUUACCUGAACAGAAGACGAGACGACCGUGGCGGAUCCACGCAAAAAUCACCUCCCGUGGGCGCACAACCUUCACCAUGGGCGUUCCUUCCAGCCACACCCAAGGAUAAUUUCAAUGAGGUCUUUCCUGGAAUUCUUUUAGGCAACUAUUACAUAGCAAAAAAUACAGAGGAAUUAAAGAGGAAGCGUGUAACCCACGUGGUGAACUGUGCUCAGGGGAGCAAGUUUAAUCAGACAAACACGGACGAGGAAUAUUUUUCCGGGACAGACAUUAAGUUUCUGGGGAUUAAGGCCACGGACACCCCACGUUUUCCUAUCAAUCAGCACUUCCAAUCUACUGCAGACUUCAUUGACGAGGCCCUUAAAGAAAAAGGAACGGUGUACGUACAUUGUCAGAGCGGGAUGAGCCGAUCUGGGUCUAUAGUGCUCGCCUACCUCAUGAUAAAGAAGGGGAUGACGGUAAUGGAUGCCGUCAAACACGUGCGAGAUAAAAGAGAAAUUUUCCCAAACGAUGGCUUUCUGAAACAACUUUGUGAACUUGAUCAAGAACUACAGCAACAGAGGUGAACUCUUAUAUAGCUGUUCAACUUGUCAAUUUCAGGCGAUAGAAUUCAGCGUUGCAUAAACGCAUCUUUUGACACGGCGACGGAACUUGUGCGUUCUCGAAACACAACUUGGACCUGAGAAACCGCUAAAGGACGUCAUUCAAAGAAAACAAACAAACAAACAUCAACAUAUUAUGUGUAUAGAAUUUUUAAUUCAUUGCACUUCCACAUCAAAUAUGAAUUCACCAUAAACGACCGUUUGUUAUAGUGAAGGACUAUUUUUAUCAUGCCUUGUUUGCAAUAAGGGAUAAAAUUAUUUUAACUGAUGACAUUUUGUCUCAAGGCACAGAAUGCUGACUUAUUGUUAUACAGCCAUAAUUAAUAAUGAAAUAUAAAAAUCAAUGAAAACAAAAUUGUAAUAGUAAACUUAAUAAGUAAUGCCAAAUUGAAACAAUUUU